AUUGUCUUAUUACACAGUGUUUUAGCGAUUCAGUGAUUAAAAAAAAGCUCCCCUCAACACUAGCUUGGUCGGCCUAACGCCAGUCGGGGAAGCUCCACUGAUGCGUGCGUUAGUUUAGAGACUGCCCUCCCCUUGCCAUCUAAAGGAGGUUCUCAACAGUCUAAGAGUAGCUGUCAUCCAAACUGUUUCAUCCAGGCGGUGUCACCUCCGAACACAGCAGACAGAAAAGGAUCCUCUGAGAAUGUCGAGCACUUUGGUCGUGUGUGAGGUGGAUGAAAGUCUGACAGAGAAACUGAAAAAGUUUCGAUUUCGAAAAGAGACCAACAAUGCUGCCAUACUAAUGAAAAUAGACAUGGAGAAACAGCUUGUUGUCCUGGAGGAGGAAUACGAGGACAUCUCACUGGAUAACUUGAGAGAUGAACUUCCAGAGCGGCAACCCAGAUUCAUCGUCUACAGCUACAAAUAUGUCCAUGCAGAUGGCAGGGUGUCUUAUCCUCUGUGCUUCAUAUUCUCCAGUCCAAUGGGAUGUAAGCCGGAGCAGCAGAUGAUGUAUGCAGGCAGCAAGAAUCAGCUGGUCCAAGCUGCACAGCUCACAAAGGUCUUUGAAACAAGAAACGCAGACGACUUGACGGAGGAAUGGCUCAAGGACCAGCUGUCAUUUUUCCGCUAAUUAUGCAUCUUUAAUAUCUCCAUUACUCUCAGUAUUGUUAUGGAACGUGGCUGUCAGUUUUUAAAUGUUCAUUGCUGUGCUUAUUAAAUGGUACAUCGAUCAAAAUUAA